GUUCUAUAUAGGCCGCAAUAUUCGAAAGUCAAAGUGAUGGCAGAAUCACAGGUUACUUGAUUUACAAACGUAUAUUGGAAUUAGCAAUGGAUAGGAAAAUUCCAGUUUCAACUAGGAGCCGUCUGCCCACCUUCAGUGCCAAGAAGAGAGCCCGCAGUCCUGAUGAGAAUUCUACCAAGAAAGUAGCUACAGAAAAGAGGAGGAAAUUAUUAAGUGCGUCCACAGAAAAUCUCAACGACAGAAAUACUCACUCGGCCAGUAAUACCAGUUUAAAUCACAGUUUCCGUCCUAGUAACAGCACAGGAAGCUUGCGAUCAACUUCAAAUUUAAACAAAACAACAACAGCUGUUGUCAGGCCUACAACCAAACCAGCACCAAAGUCAAGUGUAGGUUCAGCUACCAAGACAAGUGUAGUAAACAAGAAGCCACCCAUUUCCAACAGUGUACCCAAAGUAUCAGGUACCAAAGCCAAGCGACCAGCAUGGGACUUAAAGGGUCGACUACAAGACAUGGAGGAACUGCUGAACAGACAGUCCUCAAAGAGAGACAGUCUGGAAAGUCAGUUACAGGACUACAACAACCGCAUCGCCAGUCUGGAGUCCGAGAAAAAACAGCUUUACGGGGACGUCCAAAACAAAGAGGAAAUCGUACACGGGGCUUCUAAACAAAUCGAGGAAUAUCAGAAGCAGAUAAGAGACCAGGAGAUCAAUUUUGACCAAAUAAAGCGGAAGCUACAGGCAGAUAUCGACAGCGUCUCAUUUUCACGGGACAGCUUACAGAGACAGAAGGAAUCUUUGGAGGGGGAAAUUAGUGUGAAAACCGUGGAAGUCACAGGGCUACGAUCUACUGUAGCAGAGCUACAGUCGGCUCAGAUUGGCAUAGCAGCUCAGCUUGAUGCCACAAAGAUGAGUCUGGAGCAGUCUGUCAGUGCAGGUGUAGAGAAAGACAAGGAGAUUGCUGAUCUGAAGCAGCAGCUAGCAGACAUGGAGGCUCAGAUUGAGAAUUACAAAAUCAAAGAUCAGGAACAUGAAACCAUGAGGCGAAAACUACACAAUACAAUACAGGAGCUUAAAGGAAACAUCCGAGUCUUCUGUCGAGUCCGUCCUUUACUGGGAGACGAGUUACUGGGAAAUGAUGGUACAGUACAUCAUAUGGCUUUCCCUGAUACAGACGGCAAAUUACUGGAAUUAGAAAAAAUGUCAGAUGCUACACUGAAUGAGAGUUGUCUGACAGCUAACAGGAAAGGAAACAACAAGUAUGAGUUUACCUUUGACAAGGUAUUUAACCCAGACAGCACUCAAGGUCAGGUGUUUGAGGAAAUCUGCCAACUUGUACAGAGUGCUCUGGACGGUUACAACGUGUGUAUAUUUGCUUACGGACAGACGGGUUCGGGUAAGACGUAUACGAUGGAAGGGCCGUCACAGUUCAGUCCAGACCAGACGGGUAUGAUCCCCCGGGCCGUGGUGCAGAUCUUUACAAGUACACAGGAUUUGGUCAGCAAGGGAUGGCAGUACGAAUUUGAGGCUUCUUUCCUGGAAAUUUACAAUGAAACAAUUCGAGACCUUUUAGGAAACAAUAGUGAUGACCUGAGACACGACAUUAAAAUGACAGGAUCAGCAGACAAGAAGGAUGUGACAGUGACCAAUUUGACAACAGUCACAGUGACAUCGGAAAGUCAGGUGCAUGAAUUAUUGAGGAAAGCUUCCCACAACCGAGCUGUCGCAGAGACCAAGUGCAAUGAGAGGUCUUCUCGGAGUCAUAGUGUAUUCCGACUGAGAAUCUCCGGGGUCAACAAACACACAAAGGAGGUCUGUCAAGGAACUUUGAACUUGGUGGACUUGGCAGGAAGUGAGAGGCUAAAGGAGUCGGGGUCAGAGGGCGCCAGAUUAAAGGAGACACAGGCCAUCAACAAGAGUUUAAGUACACUCAGUAAAGUCAUCAUGGCCAUUGCAAACAAGGAUGGGUAUAUCCCCUACAGGGAGUCUAAGCUGACCUACCUCCUCCAGAACUCCCUAGGAGGAAACAGUAAAACGCUGAUGUUUGUAAAUGUGUCUCCUAGGGAGGAGUGUUUCCAGGAAACACUCAACUCGCUCAGAUUUGCCACAAAGGUGAACCAGUGCAAUAUUGGCACAGCCCAGAAGAAGUUAAAAUGAGGACUUUAUAACAGAAGUAAAGAAGUUUUAACCAUGUGUGCUCUUCUUUUACUGGGAUUUAUGUCAUAGAGCCCUUGUUUUAUGAAAUUACUCAUUGUGGAAUGCUGGUGUUUCAUGAUUACAGUUACACAUCGGUGGUCCGACUGCAAUCUGUUAUCUAUCAAAGGGGCAUAACUGUGUCUUGCAGCGACUUUAACCUUGACAACAACAUUUGAAUCGUACCUGAUAGAGACUUAAUGUUUUAAAGACACUUGCUACAAACAAACUUGUUUCAGAAAUGAAAACUGAAUUCAUGCUUUUAAAAGUAAAGUUCAAACAAUUUGCUGGAUGGAAUGUAAUUGAUUCCUAUGCUUUUUCAAUUCCAAAACUUUGAAUAGAAUUAUAUAGGAAGGGGUGAUAUAUUUCAAAUUUUUAACAUCAUAAAAAAUUUGCAAGUCUCUUAUUUUUUCAGGAAUUUUACAUUUCUACAUAUAACCAAACUAAGCAAAAAAAAAAUAUACCAUUCCAUGCAUUUCUAUUUUUUGUUUGUAUCAAGUGUCCUGAAGUUAGGUGACUAAUAAUUUAAGGCCAGUUAUUAGUUAUCUAUCAAAUCUUUGACAUUGGAAUUGGCCACUCUUAGGAGCAUAAUGUUUCACAAACACAUGCUAUUAGAGUAAGUGUGCAUGCAGUAAUUUAAUAUAGGAAAAUAUAUUCUGUAUAGAUUCCAAUCUUGUUUAUUCUGUGAAGAGUUUAUAAAAACACAUUUCAUGUGUACAGAGAGUGUAGUUAACUCAUUUUUAAAUGUGAUGUCCAACUGACACAUUUUAUUUAAAACAGAAUUUGCAUUUUAAGUGAUUUUUUUAUAUGUUUAAAGUCGUAUCUGCCAAUAUUGUAUAUUUGAUGAGAAUAUUUGUAUUGUAUCUAAAUCAAUGACCCAAUUAAAAUGUUGCAAGGUUUGUAAAUUGGCAUCAUUGAUGGUAAAUCUUUCUUUCUUUCUAUCCUUUGUGUACUUUCGUUCAUCAGAGCCAAAUAAACUGUUUUACAAUAGUA